AUGUAAUAAAAGUAAUUACACAUCCCUGGAAAGAGAUUGAAACAAUAUGAAAUAGUCAAACUAAUUGGAUCAGGGGGGUAUUGUAAAGUCUAUCAUGUACAUGUACCAUCUAUUAAAGGCUGUCAAUGUCUAAACCUAUGAGAAUGUAGCCAUAAAGGCAGUUGCGAUGUCAACUUUCAAGAAUCAUGGAGGGUUGGUUGGUUAAUUACAUGAAACAGAAAAACAGAACAUGAAAUUAGUUAAUAGUAACUAUGUUGUCAGAUUCAUCGAUGAAUUCCAAUAAAACAAAUACUCAUACAUUGUAAUGGAGUAUUGUAACCGUAAAUCAUAAAUCACUUAUCAUAGAGGGAGACAUUGAGAAACCGUGGCUGGAACAAAAUAAACACUUUAGCGAAGAAUAAGCCAUCGUGUAUGUGAAAGAAAUACUUAGAGGAUUACAAGAUCUGCAGAAGUGUUAUGUGAUGCAUCGGGAUAUCAAGAUGAAGAACAUCCUUUUGCAUAAUGAUUAAAUCAAGCUAGGAGAUCUAGGGUUCAGUAAGUCUAAACGUAAAUUUAUGCAUUUAGUAUAACAAUGAGAAUC